GUCGUGCGGAGUCUCCAUACUGAAUGUUGAGCAUGGUCAUAGCCUGAACAAUGGCCAGGAUGGACUCGACUGAGAGUUUUUUGAGCCUUGUGCUGAUGGAGGCUGCCCACCUCUGCAGAAAAUGAAGUUAAGGAAUUAUAAGGACGUACCACGCCUUUGAGAUUAUGGGUGCCAAUUACACACAAACUACCACAUGAUUCAUCACAGAUCUUUCUCUGUACAGGAAAUGUGCAAUGCAGGAUAAGGAACAACAGCGUCUGACAGGUUUACCUCUGACUGCUUCCAUCCUGAAACCAGCAGGAGAAUGAGACGACUGAGCAACUCAUUUUUAUCCCUUAGUGAUUUCAUCUUCACUUAAAUGAGUGUACAAUUCCUAGAGACUCACACAUGUAUAAGUUUGUUGGGUAUGAAAAACUGAAUGUUGGAGUUUGUGCCUGUUAGGAAUAUUUUCUUAAAGCGAGUUCUCUGCCGACGCAAAUAAUCCCAGUCAAGCCAAAUCAGACCAGAUUAAAAGAUAUCCAGGUUUAAUUAGACACCUGCACUCCCAGGUGGCCCCAAAGGGACCAGGAAGUCAUCAACAUGACCACUGGAGAGGAAACGGGAAAGCCACGUGUUUAUAUUUUGGGGAGCAGUUAAAAUAGACUAUGGGAUGGUCUUGACCUUUCCUGGGGAGAGGUCAGGGUUUGGUGGGCCCCCUUGACCCUCCUUGGGUAGGGGUCAAGGUUCGAGGGGCACAGGAGAGGGACGCUGAAGGCUUGGGUUUAUAGUGCCUACUUACAUUUGUAGGAAAAAGAAAAAUAACUGAGUAACAAGAAGCUCAGAUUUUGAGAUUUUUUGUUUUGUUUUCCUGGAAACUACAAGAAAAAAAAAGCUGUUUUUCUAGCUGGGGAAAUCGAAAGCUAUGAACGCUGCUGGGAGGAGUCCUAUUUCAUCACCACUCUCCCCAGGGAAACAGCACGGGGUCAGACAUCUAGCACUGCUCAAAUCAGGAACUUACUUUCUAACCAGUUUCCUGGUCUUCCUUGUUAUUUAGUAGAUAUUACAUUUUCUCAGCAUUUAAUGAGAGUCCAGCACCCUGCUGUGUACUUUUUGAGAGAUUUAUCAUCCCACACAAAAUAGACAAGCCCUAUUUCCUGCCUUGUUGAGGAUCUACAAUCUGGACAUUACUGAGGAAUUUCCAGGGAGGCUUCUCCAUCAUUUUCGAGACAAUGAAUGAGUAUAAGAAAAUUGUUCUUCUAAAAGGAUUGCAUGGUGUGGAUGACUACCACUUUAGGCUAAUUAAAUCCAUACUAAGAAAAGAACUAAAGCUAACUAAAAUGAUGCAAGAUGAUUAUGACAGAAUUCAAAUUUCUGACGUGAUGGAGGACACAUUCCCAAAAGAUGCUGGACUCAACAAACUAAUAGAAGUGUUUCAGAGCAUUAAAGAUCUUGAAGACCUUGCUAAAACGCUUGAAAAAGAGAAGGCAAAAGUAAAAGGAAAAAAAACCAUGGGCAAAAAGAGGCAAAAAGCAGAUUCUUCUGUACCUACAUCGACUACAAGCAACACUUUAGCAUCUGAUGGAGGGGAGACAUCCACAGCUCAGAAAAGAAAAAGUAUGAAUGAAGAGAAGCCUGAAGUGAAAAAGACCAAAAAGUCUGAGGGGUCAGAUUGCCCUGACUCUCCUGGAGAAGCUACAGUCAGAUGCCAGACCCCAGGACCCCAGAUCUCAUCUCCAACUUCAUCAAACCCUUCUUUGGCUAAGGAAUCAGGGGUACCUCUUUCUUCAGAAUUUUUGGCUCACUAUAUAUUCAUUCCAGCUCAAAUUCCUGUAAGUGUCUAAAGACACCCAAGCUCUGAAUUUUAAUGUUUGUAUCUUGUUCUAUCCUUACUAUUUCUUUCCAGAAUCCCUAGCCACACUAAGUUAAAAACCGAUAGUGCUUGCCUGAAUAAAAUAUUCUUGCUUUAUUGCCAGCUAUGGCACAUAACUAAUAUUUAUUUCCCAACUUUACUGUGUAUUGUACGAUUAUGGUUGCCCUAUUUUUCUAUAGAUACUUUCAGAUCUAAUAUUUUAAGAAACUCAGAAGUAAGAAUCUGUGGAGCACGAUGUCUGUCUACGAUCUGUGCGCCGCCAUACAGUUCAUGAGCCGGGCAAGGGACUGGAGAUUGAAACACACAAAGACUCACAGAGAGACACAGGUCAUCAUUGAUGCAGGAAUGUCCCAAGAAUGCCUCCUUUUAUGGUGUGCAGGGGCAGCUUAUAUAGGGAUAGCCAUGCCCUAGCCAAACGCACCAGAAACCAUUCUCAUGCAGUCAAGAACUCCUGAGGAUCUUGUGCUCAGAGCAGCUGUAGGCACUCAGAUCAGGGGAAAGCAAGUUGUUUACCAGAAAUUCGGGAUCAGGGGUUCACUGCUCCCAACAAGAAUCAGCACAGCUAAGAAGUGUAAAUGAGAGCUGUGCAGUCCAUAAGUCUCUGAUAGGUGUCUUGUGAGAUUUAGAGGUCACAGAACAACAUAAUGAUAUGGGUGAAAUUGGAUAAUCAACACUUUUUGGUUGGAUCUAAGGUGCAUUCUAUGAGAUAGAAUCCAUAACUGAAGCUGCUAUAGCAAUCAAGAAUCUAAGACUAGAUAGAUUAU